AUGACGAGUCUAGCUGAGCGUGUGGCCGGCCUCGCUCUCUCGACCUUUGAAUCACUGCCCCGAAAAUGUAAACCUCGCACCUUUGCAGAUGGUGGAAGAGAAUGGACGCCCAUGGCUGCGCUUAUCCUGGCCGAGGCGGGGGACGAUCGACCAUUGACUUGCGUAUCGUUGGCAACAGGAACAAAGUGCCUUGCUGCCUCUGCUCUGCCGACUUGUCGAGGCACCGUCCUUCAUGAUUGUCAUGCUGAGAUUCUAGCUUUGCGUGGGUUCAAUUGGUGGCUGCUUGCCGAAGUUCAGAAAAUUGUCGAAGACCCAGCAUAUCAAUCGCCAUUCUUAGAGUCUGAAAAGGAGUACGAGACCGAUCAUCAGCAGACAACCCUGUCCACGCCGUUGUCAACCCCGGGCGCUCCAUUCAGACUGAAACCCACAAUCUCGAUUCACUUCUUCACCACCGAGGCUCCUUGCGGCGAUGCGUCUAUGGAAAUCUUGAUGAAUUCAUUGCCGCCUGAUGAAGCAGCACCCUGGCCGGUUAGAGAGAACGCGAGUACAGCUCUCCAAGGUCGAGGUCACUUCUCGCUACUUGGCCACGUUCGCAGAAAACCGGCCAGAGCAGAUGCAGAGCCAAGUCUCUCCAAGUCUUGCACGGACAAACUCGCCCUUAAACAAUUUACAGGCAUCAUCUCCUUCCCUGCUGAUCUCUUCGUGCAAAGGACUGCGAACGCCUUCAUUCGAACCGUGGUCGUGUACGCCAAUCAGUACAACUCUACUGGCUAUGAAAGAGCCUUUGCAUCAUCUGGCAGGCUGUCGAGCCUCAGCCACUUAGGUCACUUUUUCAGCAUCGAGUCACUGCCUCCAGAAUUCUCGCGAUUCCCUUUCAGUAAGGAUGAUCGGAGCGUCGAUUCAAGGACACAAACGAGACUCAAAGCAAGCAAUUUAUCUGCUCUGUGGGUCAAUCGUCCCGGCCAAAAGAAAGAUGAUGUCUUGGAGGUCUUGGUGAAUGGGGUCAAACAAGGCUACAAGCAAUGGGACGAAAGGCCGGCAAAGGCAAGCGUCGCCUCCCGCAGAAGACUUUGGGAGCACGGGGUAAAGAUCGCGAAGAUCUUCCCGCAGAAUCAAGGCUCGAGAGGUGAGCCAGACGAUCGGAUAGAGUACGAUGUGGAGUGGCACAAAAAGAUUGAUCAGGUGUUGUCCAUAAAGACUUAUUGCGCAGCAAAAUCCACAACCCUUAGAUCCUCAUAUGUGCAGCGCAAGAAGCAUGUGACGGAGGCUUUGUGCAACUGGACUGACAACCGAGGUGAUGAUGAAUGGUCUUUGUGUUAG